AGAGAGUUGGCUCAGAGGUUUUUCCUGGGGAAGAAGUAAACUCAAGCUCCGUGAGAGAAAACGGAAUCGGAAGUUUUUGGUUUUGAUAAAUCCCAGUGAUAGAAUAAUUGAGUAGUUGUCAAGCGAAUUUGAUUCUCCCUACAAUGGAUGUGAUAAAAACGCAGCAGAUAUCAGCGAGGACGAUCGAGAAAGUGGUUGUUCACCCACUUGUCUUGCUUAGUAUCGUCGACCAUUACAAUCGUGUAGCCAAGGACACUCGCAAGCGCGUCGUCGGCGUUUUGCUCGGAAAUAGCUCACGUGGCACCGUCGACGUCACCAACAGCUACGCAGUUCCUUUUGAGGAGGAUGACAAAGACUCAAGCAUCUGGUUUCUUGAUCACAACUACCACGAGUCGAUGUUUCACAUGUUCAAGAGAAUUAACGCCAAGGAGCAUGUUGUGGGUUGGUACAGCACAGGUCCUAAACUUCGAGAGAAUGAUUUGGAUGUUCACGCUUUGUUCAAUGGCUAUGUUCCAAAUCCAGUGUUGGUCAUUAUUGAUGUCCAACCUAAAGAACUUGGCAUCCCCACAAAAGCAUACUAUGCAGUUGAGGAGGUGAAGGAGAAUGCUACACAGAAGAGCCAGCAAGUGUUUGUACACGUGCCUACAGAAAUCGCUGCUCACGAAGUGGAGGAAAUUGGUGUGGAACAUUUGCUCAGGGAUGUAAAAGACACAACCAUUAGUACCUUGGCAACUGAGGUUACUGCGAAACUUACUGCUCUAAAGGGAUUGGAUGCACGACUUCGGGAGAUUCGGAGUUACCUUGACCUUGUAAUCGAAGGAAAACUCCCAUUAAACCACGAGAUCUUAUACCAUCUCCAGGACGUAUUCAACUUGCUUCCUAACUUGAACGUCAACGAAUUGGUUAAAGCCUUUUCAGUGAAAACAAAUGACAUGAUGCUCGUUAUUUACCUUUCUUCUCUCAUUCGAAGUGUAAUCGCCCUCCACAAUUUGAUCAACAACAAGUUAUUGAACAAGGAACAUGAAAAAGCAGAGGACUCAAAGCCUGUUGCCAUACCCGCAACGACCCAGUCCCAGCUCUAACUCAUGGCGAGAGUGGGGGUGACUGCCCUGGGUCCAACACCCAGUUUUUUUUUUUUUUUUUCCUAAUGUUUAAAAUUUGACAAAAAAAAAUCAUGAAAAUUCUAUUAUCCUUUCUUUUAAUACAGCAAACCCUUGAUCUAAUAUCUUACAUUAUAUAAACUUAUUUUGCAUU